CCAUUUCUCUUUCCUGCACAAAACACACGUUUGCUUUGCAAUCUCAUGCAAACACAAGACUUCUCCACUGUUUGCAGACUCAGCAGAUAAUGCUGGUGGACUACAGCUCAUCGGAGGAGGAGCCAGAAGAUGACACAGAUCAGAAGAAUGCAAUUUCACCCUCCACGAAAGUGAAAAAUGCCAAGAAACUCCCAUCGGCUGUUGAACUACUUGGAAGCAUCACCAAGAGUGCGCACGAGGAUGUUCCGGAGGAUCACGAGGGGAGGAUAAGAAGUUUUGCGCAUGAGAGAGGAAAUUGGGCGACUUUUUGCUUCAUUCCGUUUCCUCUCAGCGAAGGCAUCAAGAAUCUCCAGGCACACAUCAGAGUCCUGGCGAAGGAGAAUCUCUCGCUGGAUCUCACUGAGGCGAAGGAACUUCACGUGAGCCUCACGAAGACUGUUGUUUUGCGUCAUCACUGGAUAGAAUCCUUCAUUGCUUCCCUGCAGCACAGAUUGCAGCACUGCAGGAAGUUUCCUCUGCAUCUCAACGCCCUGCAGAUCUACUGCAACGAGGAGAAGACCAGAACAUUCAUUGGCCUGAGAACUUCAGAGGAGUUCUUUGAGCAUCUCAAGAUUUUGGUGCAGAAGUGCGAUGAGAGUCUGAAAGAAUUCAACUUGGAGUGCUUUUACAGCGACUUAUCCUUCCACGCCAGCAUCCUCUGGAUCCUUGGCGACCAUCGUGAGGAUCUUCGAGGGCUGGAAAGUGCAGUUCAAAAGCAUUUUCUUGAAUUACUGGGUGAAAAAUUCCCCGAUUUUGCGACUCGAGUGGAGAAAAUCGUCUGCAAAUGUGGAAAUAAAAUGCAUUACUUCCACAUUAGUUGAAAAAUAUCAAAGGAUUAAAGGAUUAUAGAUAUUUUUGCACUGUGCUAAGACACUAAAUCCGCUUAUCCAUUGAUAGACUACCGAUGUCUGUACAAAAUUGAAAUCUGUGCGCGGCGAAAUUGUCGAAAGGCAGUGACAAGAAGCGUCCAUUUGAGAGUGUGCGUGAAUGGAAGUUAAUCUUUGGUGAGGAAAAUCGCGAAAAAUGUUCAUAUCCAGCCACUUUCCGUGCAAGAUCUGCCCAGAGGGAUUCAUAGGAGGUCUCAGUGUCUGCACAGGGAGUGAAUUUGGGCAGCAAAAGGUGUGCAUUUGCUGAGUGUGGAGCGCGGAGUGUGAUUUCCCUUUUGGCCAGAGAGGCUUGUUUUGAAUUCUGGUGCAGAGAAAAGAAGCACACAGGAAUAAUCUCACGUUCUGCCACGCGAUUCCGCGGCGGCAGUCUGUGUGUGGCGAACCGUUAGAGGUUGGACGAGCAGCCGGUGGAGUAACAGUGGUGGAACGCGAGUGCGUCUAGGCAAUCGCCUUCUCCGGAGGCAAGUGAGUUUGCGGGGCAGUUGCAUACGGCAUGCAGAGCGAUUCGGGCGCGAGAGAAUUGGCACAUCUGCAAGAGUCCGCGCAGAACGUGAACAGCAUUGCAAACGAGAACCUGUGAAAAUCUCGCUGUGGCUUGGAAUUAACGGUACUGUCCGGGUGAAUCCCACCUAAUUGGAUGCCUUAAUUGAUACGCUCUCCCCUCGCAUAUCACUCACAAGUGCGCUGGCAGAUCUCGCGAGAUUGCGCGCAGAGCGACUCCUAUUUUUGGCUCCAGUGAUGCAAUUUCUCAAGUGACUUCCCGCGCGCGCGAGAGGCCUUCUGGUCAUCACAAGUUAAUAUACCUCAGCGCGAUAUCGCUCUCAAUGUUGACCAAUUGAUCAGCGAGACAUGCCAGUAUCGGCUCACGUCAGUCCAUCACGCGUCUUCUGAUCACACGGAUCGCGCGCGUAAGUGAGCCGCACAAGAGAAGAGCCCGCGAAAAAGCAACAGUGAAAACGUGAUUGGCGAUUAUCAGCCCAGAAAAUGUCUCUCAAG